CCAGGACGGGUGGCCGCGGACCACCGCCCCGCGGACCCUCGCUCGCGCUCCUGCCGGCCCGGCGUCGGGUCUGAGCGGGAAACGGGCGCGGUCUCCGGUGGCCUCGCGCUGGCUGCAGCGACCUCCUGUCGUGAAGGUCCUUGACCGAGGCUCCCCGGCUGGAGCCGCGUCUGGCACGGGUGUCCCUGGAGGAAACCGGAGGAGCGGGGGUGCUGCCCGGGGUGGGGCGCGCUCUGGGCUCUGCGGAGGCGGGGGCGCGCCUGGCCGACCCCGCCCGCCCCCCGCGGUUCUCUCCUUCCGAGGACGCAGCUCGGGGCUUCUCUUCAAGGAGGCCCUUCUGGCCGGGAGCCCCGCUGGGCGUGCCCAGACGGAGCAGCGCGGUCCGCGCACAGUAAACCCGACGACUGGCCGGUCGCUCGGAUGUAAAGCUGGGAACUCCCGGCCGGGCGCCGUCUCCCCCGUGACCCUCCGCCGCUGCGUCUGGUUUCCCUAAGUACCCGCGUCCUGCGGCUCGUCUUCGGUGCUCUGGACGCACCCGGCUGGGACCGUGGCCCUGGCCGGGGGUGGAGGCCCAGUUCCGGGGAGGACGGCCAGAGCGGAGAGGACGGCUCGUAGGCUGGCCGCCGUGUCUCUGGGCCUCGGGCCGGGAGAGUGGGCACCUGCCACUGCAGUGUCCGGGCGGCCCCACCGGCCAUGUGGCGCCCCGGGCAGGUGCUGCGGAGGCGUGCUGUGGAGGGAGCCGUGAAGCGGGUCCCUGCAGACGCGUCCACACUGGCGGAUGAUUUCUCCCUACACCGAGUCUUACAGCAACUGAAGCAGCAGCGGGACAAGCUGAAGCAGUACCAGAAGAGAAUCACCCAGCAGCUGGAGCGCGAGCGCGAGAUCGCCAGGCAGCUCCUGCGGGACGGGAAGAAGGAACGGGCCAAGCUGCUGCUCAAGAAGAAGCGGUACCGGGAGCAGCUUCUGGACAAGACAGAAAACCAGAUCACCAGCCUGGAAACCAUGGUCCAGAGCAUCGAGUUCACCCAGAUUGAGAUGAAGGUGGUCGAAGGGCUGCAGAUCGGAAACGAGUGUCUGAAAAAGAUGCACCAGGUGAUGUCCAUAGAGGAAGUGGAGCGGAUACUGGAGGAGACGCAGGAGGCCGUGGAGUACCAGCGGCAAAUAGACGAGCUCUUGGCGGGAAGCUUCACUCAGGAGGAUGAGGAGGCCAUCUUGGAGGAGCUGAACGCGAUCACUCAGGAGCAGAUAGAGCUCCCAGAGGUUCCUUCAGAGCCCCUUCCCGAAAAGAAACCAGAGAAAGCGCCCCGCGAGGCCAAGCCCAGGCAGGUGGAGCUGGUGGCGGCCUCGUAACUCGGCCUCCUCUCGCGGGACUGGCGGGGACUCCCCAGAGCCUGGGGCCCAUAGAGUUUGGGUGCGUGGCCAGCCCUGACCCGGCUCCCAGGAGGCCGGCGCCAGGCCAGGCCGGUCAGGUGCUGAUGGCGCAGCGUGGCGCCGUGGGCUUGGUACCAGGAGGGCUCUGCGGAGCGCUUCCCUGGCACUGUGGCCUUGCUCUCGUUUCUGGAUUAAAUGGCAACGUUCAGACCCUCCAGCCACACGCAGCUUCUGACGCUGCGGCUCCCACGCGGCCACAGGCAGGCCCAAGGCUCCUGGUGCUGGCCACUCCUGUCCCCAGCCCUGCAAGGCUCCGCGGGCCGCCUUCUCCGCAGCUUGCUGUCUUCUUGGGAGGGCGCGUCGAACCGGCUUCCUCGCCCGCCCCUCCCUCUCUGCUGCUGCUCCCGCCGGCUGGCCGGGGCUUCAGUUAGGGAGCGCCUGCCUUGGCCUGGCUUCCUCACCUGCCCCGUCUCCCCAUCGGUUCACGGCUGGAAACCUCCCCUCUUCUGUGUCGACAUUCGACAGUGUUGGGCUGGCGGGGGUGGAUGCACCCCUGCUGGUCCUUGGCACCAGCGGGAGCUCAACCCUGCUGCAAAGGGACAUUCCUGGGGAGCCAGCGGUCUCCCGGGGGUUCCCGGAGGUGCUGAUGGGCCUGCUCGGGGGUGCGGCCCCCGUCGCCUGGGAGCUUGCUGGGCCCCCAGGGCUCUCCAACGAGGCGGAUGCUGUCGGGGGUGGUCGCGGCUCUCUGGCCGACGGCUCAUCCUGGCAUUAGACAAUCCCGAUGACAUCUCCCUGCCACCUGCAACAGAAAGGGGACCCUCCCAGCCCCCUCCCAGGUCAGCCCCGUAUUAAAGUUGAUGCCUGCA